AUGGUCUUCAUAGUAAAGUCUUCUGCUACACGUUCUAGUUCCCCAUCUACCCUCACAUAUGGGAGCUCAGAUGCAGUGCAUGAGCUUAAUUAUAUCCCUUUUGCAAAGGCCUCAAGGGCUUUUGUCAGGCAAACUGAUGACGCUUCCAGUCCUCAUUCACCUGUUAUAAGCCAAUGGUCAGCUACAAACAUUGGGGAUGCCAAAGUGCCCAAGCUAGACGAUGCACUAGAAUAUGAUGAGAUAGCUCCUCCAUGCGUACAGGAUCUCGAAAAAAGACCGACUUGCUUCGACAACUCUUCAAAUCCCACAAUUUAUUUUCCUUCUAUUGCCUUGAAAGCAAAUGGGUCACAGCAAGAUAUGGUAGACUCCGCUGUGGCUGGGAGUGAUAUUCAGCAACCAAGUGAAAGUGCUACAGAGUAUUUCCAACAUUACACUGAUACAAGUUUUUCCAAUCAAAAUUUUGAUAAAGAUCAGUACCAGUAUCAACGCAAUAGCGAGUCUGCGAUUGUAAUCGAGUUACCGCCGCCACGCCUUGGAACUAGAAGACCACGUAAGCUUCAUGGAAGCUGGAGCUUAAAUCGAAAGUACGAAAAAAUGAAGCAUGAUAUGGAUCUGAUGGUGCAGAAUGAAUCUUUGCAGAGACGGCAACAAAUGAAUGUUCCCACAUAUAUCUACAAUAGCCCAACUCCGGCAUUUGAGCAGUCAGUGCAAAGGGCUAUUAAGGCAGACUUCAAUCCCUACAGAAAUCUUGCUACUCCAGGUUUUCCGGUCCACACAGAUCUCGGUAGUAGGCAGCCAAGUUUUUACCAAGGAUAUCAAUCUAUGCUCAAGCAGGGAAAAAUAAAUCAAGGACCCUACUCAACGAGUUUAAAUGACUUGCAGAAUAAGCGUGCGCGGCUUGAUUCGAGGCUCUGUCAUCCAGGUUACUCAGUUGACAUAUCAAAUGUAGCGCCUAUUGAUAACGGCGUUUUUUCUUUGCCCCACUUUCGGUUUUCAUCCUCAGCAUCGAAUCACGCCCUAAGGGCAUCUACUAAGGUUUCUGCUCAAUAUUUGCCUUACUCCAGCCCAGGGACGAUGGCAUCACUGGAAGAUGGAUUCGAUGAUAAUCCAGUAUUCGAACAUGUGCCUUUGAGUGAUGAAACUUUACUGACUGAGUCUAUAAAUCCACUUCUUGAUGUUGGUGGAUCAUUUCAAUUCAGAUCCCAACCGGGGGCAUCAAAUCCACAGGUGAUGCAACGCCGGAAGAGAGGUAGUGAUGACGUUCGCGAGGAGGAAGAGCAGGGACAACAUACAAUAGACUUUACGGGUAAUUCGUGUACAGACAGUUCAUUAGAUCAUCGACCGCAAAAGUCAGUCGGUUUGGUUGAUCGGAUCCACCAAGUUGGGUCAGAGAUCCGAGCUUCUGUAUCUGCAGCCAUCCCAAGGUUUGGAGGCUCAAUUCUACGAAACAUGGACAAAGAAGAAGAAAGACGGCAGCUGCGUCUGAGAUCGAGAUUUGGCCUGGGUAUACCGUGCAUUCAACGACGGCCUAGGGAUUUGACAAAGUCGUUUCCAAAGCUGGUAAAUAAACAUCUGACCUCAGGAGGAAAUAAAACUUCAGAUUUGCAAAGGAGUAAUAGUGACCACAAUCCUUCAGCUGCUCCGACCCUGAACAUGGAUAGUGAUUCAGCAAACCUAUCGAAUUCAAUCAUGCCUCCUGCAUGCGAAGGAUGCAUGCUACCGGCAACUCCUUCCUCAGUUACGAAAGACGUGGUUUUUCCUAGUGAUAAACGGCCACACAGUGGUGAUGAAAUAAAAUCAACAGACCAGGAUAUGCACCGCAUUUCGCUUCUUGAGCAAGAGAUAAAGAGCGUCGUUGAAUAUUGA